AACAAUUUCACCCUAGCGUCUUGUAAGACACUAGCAAUCGUAGAGAAUCAGCUUUGGCAGCGCACAGCUCGCCCACGCGCCGGAAAGGCUGCCCAAGGCGCCGAAGGCGUCCCAUCACAUGCCUGCGACGCCGUGGUGAAGAGAUGCGUGCUGCACAGGCUGCCCCCGUGAUGCGGCUUCUAGGAGCUCUCGCCUGCGCCGUCGCGACAGCGAGCGCGCCGUGCGCCCUCGAGUUAAGAAUAGACAGCACGGAUGUCACUUCCUUAUUUGACGCGACUGCGAACGCAACCGCCGUAGCGGACGACCUCGCGGACCGCGCCGGCGGCUCGCUCGCGCAAGGCGCGGGCUGCGACGACCUGGCCUGCGUGCGCGAUCGUCUAAGAGCGGCCGCGAUAUCUGCAAGAGACCGCUGCGCCGCUUCGCAAAACACCGCGACGAGCCGCUGCCGCAAACUUGACAAAGGCGCGGUCUGCUACGUGGGCCUGAGCGAAGCAUUGAGACGGCGCCUCGCUUCUAAAUUAGUAGGUCUGGUGGCGCCGAUCUCCACCGUUGUUGAUGUGGACGUCGUGGUGCACGUGCCGCAGCCGGCGCUCGCUGUUGUUUUUGACGAGUCUACCACUAGCGCAUCACUUAAGGACGCCGUGCAAACGUUCGCGCGAUCCUAUGCACUCGACGCGGUUGAAACGGACGCCGUCGAGAAAGAAGCAGAAGAAGCAUUGAUCGCCACGCACGUGUCGUGGCAGCUCGGUUCGUUGGAGAGCCUCCUCCCGGCGCCUCGGACGCUAGCCCCGCUCUGGCGGCUCCGGCCACAUACUUAUAUAGGAGUCUCGAACGGAACGUUUGUGAAUGUAGCUGAAUUUUGGCUGCGGCGCGACGAGUUUUUUAUAAGGGAGCUUGCCACACGGUUCGGCGCGUCGAAAUUGAGUUUGGUGGACGUCGGGGCCGGAACGGGGACGCUGACGGCCAUCGUUGCUGCGGUGCUUGACGCCCCAGACAUACAUCUGGUAGACGUCGACGACGGCGAGACGAACCGCGGCCUCGGGUCGACCGCGGCGGCGCUCUUUUCAAGGUCCUUCGACGCCUUCUCUGAAACGCAUCCAGUGCGAACUUUUGACGGGAGGACCCUCGAACUUGAGGAUGACCAAUACGACGUCGCGUUACUCACGUACGUCUUGCACCACGCCGCCGGCGACACCAUUUCACUGUUAAAGGAAGCGAGACGCGUCGCCCGGACAUAUGUGGUAGUUCUCGAGGACGUCAUCGACAGCGACGACGACGCGAGAAACGCCUUCGCCCACGACCCGCGCGGGACCUUCAGACAUAGGAAAGAGUGGGACGCGCUCUUCGAUUUGUUGGGUUUGGACGUCGUGGCCCGCGGGCCGUGCAACGCCGGCGGCCUCGCGGCGUUCCGGCACACGAUGGAGUUCUGGGUUCUUGCCGUGUAAGCUGUGUUUUUGUGCUU